AUGGAUUUCCUGUCAAAAGCAAUCUUUAAAUCCUCUUCGGUCCCAUAUAAAUAUUCCGAAGAAACCCGAGUUCACGGAUCUUUUGCAGAUAAAUACCCCCACGCUUGGACCAUCUACAAUGCAACCUCUCGCUCUGAUGACUCUCCUGCAACGGUUUUCGUCUGCGAUAAUGCAACUGUUCGUGCCUCCUCUGGCCCAUCUGCCCAAGUCUUUGCCCGUCAUAUGGCUACAAAACUAAGAACUCUUAAACUCCCAGGAAUUAUCAAAUUUAAAGACUUUUAUGAAUCUCCAGAAUCUUUAACUCUCGUCACAGAACAUGUCAUCCCACUCUAUCUCUACUUAGAAUCACAUGAACUCUCCGAUGAUGCCAUUUUUUGGGGGAUCCACACUAUUGCUAAAACUCUUGCACUCAUCCAUAAUACCUUAUCUUCGGCUCAUACAAAUAUUGACCUUGGCGCAAUCUACGUCAAUGAUUCUGGUGAAUGGGUCUUAGGAUCUUUUGAGUGUUUAGCCUCAGAACAAGAAUUUUCCCAACUCGCCUCAGCAGCUGCUAAACCUCCGGGCUUUCUUGGCCCCCUCUUCUCAUGCCUUCCUUCAAUCUCUGAAAAAGAUAUCCCCCGCGGCCGUACAAUCUCCCGCAGACAAAUGCUUGAUACUGCCCAAUUUGCAGAUCUUAUUGCUAAAAUCCUUGCAGAUAGACCAAGGGCAAGAGCAGCCAUUGGUGCCCAACUUUUAGCAAAACUCAAAUCAACCCGUCACUUGACUCCAUCUUCCCUAGAUGAUUUCCUAGCAAACUCUCCAGCCCUUUCUGACUCAAGCCAACUCGCUCAAAUCACAAAUGCACUACCUACUCUCCGCAUUACUGACGAAGAAACUAUCCUCGCAUUUCUAACUCUCCUAGACUCUGCUGGAGACAAGUUCCCCCAUGAAUACCUCCAUAACCAAGUCGUUCCAGCUCUCGUCGACACCUUCAACUCAGGCCGUCUCUCUGCAUCUUCUCUUCACCUUUUCUCUCUCGUCAUUCGUUUUUCCAAAGACAUGCCAUCCACUCAAUACAAAACUCUUGUUGCUCCACUUAUUGUCAAACAGUUUGCUGCCCCAGACCGCGCCGUCCGCACAUCUUUACUUCAAUCACUCCCUGAUUACAUUGCAUUUAUGGACACGCGCCUAGUCUCAGACAAGGUCUGGCCCAGUCUUGCAACUGGAUUCUCAGAUACUGACCCGGCCCUACGCGAACUUACAGUGCGUGCAGUUUUCUCUAUUGCUUCAAAACUCUCAGACCGCAUCCUCAAUGGCGACUUGCUACGCCAACUUGCCAAAGUCCAAAGUGACUCGCAAAAGGAAAUUCGCGCAAAUACAACAAUUCUUUUGGGGAAAAUCGCGCCACUAUUUUCUCAAAGCACACGCUCAGCUGUCCUUGUGGCUGCCUUUGGACGUGCACUUAAAGAUCCAUUUGUACAGUCAAGAUUGGCUAGUUUACGUGCACUCUCAGCAUGCAAUGAAUACUUUUCAAUUCAGGAUACUUGUAACAAGGUCUUGGGAACUCUGGCUCCUGCACUCGUUGACUCCGACUCUGUGGUGCGCAAAGAGGCCCUUGAGACAUUUGAAAUGUACUUUGAUAAAGUUAAAGAACAUGCCAAUGAGCUGGACCAAAAGCAACAGCAACAAUCAGGUGUUCCCACUGAUGAUAGCUCAGAUCAACAGCAACAGCUGAAUCAAAAUGGAGGAGAGUCGGCUGCUGCCACUGCUGGCUGGGCCAACUGGGCCUCUUCAUUGACCAUCAGUGUUGCUUCCAAAGCAGUUUCUGCAGUUUCCAGUUCGGCUUCAUCUCCUGCACCGUCUGAAGACAAACAACAAUCCACUACUACUACUACUACUACUACUUCCAAGUCCCCAGAGCCAUUAACCAGCCACAGCUCUUUUGGUCAAAAGGCAGUAACUAAAACCACUCCUUCAAUUGUGCGAAAGAAAUUGCCAACAACUUAUCAACCAAGCGCAGCAGACAACGAUGCAUGGGGAUCCGAAAACGAUGACGACGCUUGGGGUAACGGCGAUGAUGAUGACGGAGAUGCAUGGGGAAAUAAUGACGAUGGCAACGAUGGCAACGAUGACAACAAUGAUACAUGGGACUCUCCUACUACAUCUUCUACUCUUACCUCUCCCUCGCGCGUGCCUCCAGUUUCUCGCACUGGACCUAAAUCGCCAGCACACAAUCAUCACGGAGCACUACACUUGCCAUCACAUAACCAAGUUUCUGCAACACACAAGGCCCCUAAUGCAUUUGCACACGCAUUUGGUACUGCGGCGCUACAACAGUCUACAGCAGCAAGUCGUGCGCACUCCGUGUUGGCCAAGAAGCAAAAGGAGAAAGAGGAAGAGGAAGUAGAGGAUGCGUGGGAUGACUUUUAA